AUGAAAGCCAUCAAGACGAUCGCAAAUCAUCAGGCGCAAAUUCAAGAUGUGCCCCUUCCUACAUUGCGAGAUGGCUACAUUCUGGUGAAAGUUAACGCUAUAGCCCUGAACCCAACAGACUGGAAGCAUAUUGACGUGGUCGCUCCACCUGGGACAACGAUCGGCUGCGAUUUCGCUGGCGUGAUUGAAAAAGUCGGAUCAAAUGUAGGAGCAGAAUGGCAGCCAGGCAACAGAAUUGCAGGCUUCACGCAUGGCGGCAGCGAGGUUCAGCCGGAAGACGGAUGCGCCGCAGAGUACUGCGUGGCAAAGGCCGGCGUGGGCAUGAAGAUCCCUGAUGGUAUGCUGGACGAGGAAGCGUGCACUCUGGGGGUUGGCGUGACCACUGUGGGACAGGGUCUUUACCAAUCACUUGGUCUACCGCUUCCUGAGGCUCAAUCGAAAGCAAAUUUCCCAAUUCUCAUCUAUGGAGGGAGUACGGCAACGGGAAGCCUUGCUAUUCAGUAUGCUCGUCUUUCUGGUUGCACGAAAAUCAUCACGACGUGUUCUCCACAUCACUUUGAAUUGGUCAAGUCCCUUGGCGCAGACGCCGCCUUCGACUACAGAGACCCAGACUGCGUGCAGAAGAUCAAGAAUUAUACCACAGACUCUCUAGCACAUGCAUUCGACUGUGUUUCUACGAGCGCGAGCGCCACGUUCUGUGCUGCUGCGAUUGGUCCAAAUGGAGGUGCGGUAUCUUAUCUUCUGCCCCUGAAACAUGACCGAGAGGAUGUUGUGGCGAAAUAUACACUAGCUUAUACCGCCAUGGGGAGGUACUUCAGCAUCGCGGGAGGUAGAGAAUUCGGGCCACGGGACCAGGAUCUGGAGUUUGCGAAGAUGUUCUGGAAGCUCAGCGCCGGGCUCUUUGCAGAUGGCGUGAUUCGAGUACACCAGCCCCGGGUGGGCAAGGAUGGGCUGGAAGGAGUUUUCGCUGGGUAUCAGGCUAUGAGAGAGGGAAAAGUGAGCGGACAGAAACUAGUUUACCGCAUCGGAGAUACUCCGUAA